UCGCAAGACUUGCGGAACGAAGGAGGAGCCGGCAUUGGAAGUAAUGCUGCGAAUGACGGACUCGUCGUACAGCAGAUUUUGCGCAUCCCCCGAGACAAAGGAAUGGUUCGGGUGCAUCGUGACAGUAAACUACUUACCACCUCGGGCUAUGUCACAGUGCUAACCGAGAUUACCUAUGCACACAGCUACAAGUACAAGGGCUACCAGACCUCGAUGAGCAGACUACCCGUCGAAUAUCUGUACCUCUACAUGACUCCGGCGCAUUUCAAUAUGCUAUCCGACAACACCAAGGCCAUCAAGUGCAGUGCCAAAAUUACACCGCACGGCAUUCGCACUCCGUGGAAGACUGGGAGCAGCGUCGUACAACCCAUCAAUUCGGACAAGAUGGUAUACGGCGUGAGCGCAGUGGGCCUUAACCUAUCUCUGGACACUGGCAUGUGCGUUCCCGGUCCCGGAGGCGCAGACAAUGCCAUGUAUACAUCCAACCCCACAGAGUUUAAAGACGCGGAUCACAGACACCUCAUUGAAAAGUAUUGGGGCAUGAGCAUGGACGAAAACCUGAUCAUGACAAAGUCGGACAAGAUACCAACGUGUAUGGGUGUUCCACGCCACAACAAGUGCUACGACUUUAUUCACUGUGCCAACUUUGCUCCUCGCACCAACAAGUUUGUCAACAUGUAUCCCUUCAAGAGCCUCAUUGGAACACCCAUCAUCAACUACGAGUACGAGUUUCAAAACGCUUGGAUCAAGACUUGUCCACCGUAUUGCGGCAACAGCAGGACCUAUGUUGCAGCACCGGCCGACAGCCUGACCAAGACGGCCUCUAGCCUGGACAACGACAAGGAGGGCCCUCCAGGUGUUUCCUCGCCAACCAAACUCUCCCCAAACACGGAAGUUACACGGUACACCAACCCAAUCGAACGUGAAUGGGGCCGCCAGGGAUUCGGACCCCAUCGCAACCUGCACGCUGCUCAACCUAGUGUGGGUUUCGGCAUCAUGGCCGUAUCUAAAAAGAAUCUGGACCAACCGGGAUCGGGGGACAAGUUUCAAGAAGUUGCUGCCUUUUUCCAGGUCGACACUGAAAUUGUGCUGCACACGGAUAUCGACACGAUUAAUCCCAUGGACACUUGCUACCCGGCGCAGGAGCAACACUUUGAAAAGACCACCUUUGGCAUGUACGUGCCGUACAACCGGCAGACGCACCUGGGCCACUACACAUACCUUCCCAAGACAUCAUCUCACCUCGUUCCUUUUGAACCGUAAAUUUUUAUUCGGUUCUAGAGCUUUUAUAAUGCUGAAUAAAAGCGUGAACUCUGCUCAAUUCAAUGCUCGUUUCGUUUUCUGCUCGUUCCAAAAAUUGGUCUUCGGUCUCGCCGUCUUCUUGUACCAAAUUUAGGUGAUUGAAAUUUCCAUUCAUCACCUCACAUGCUAUGAACCACUCCUCGGCUUGUUGGGCUAGCAUGCAAUUCAGCCGGUUUUCCUGUUCAAUUAAAAUUUCAUUUUCAAAUUCUUCCAUCAGGUUGAUGAUGGCAGUCAAAACUGCAUCUUUGAGUGCCACGGCUCGCUCCAAUGCCCUCUCUCUCGAACCGAACUCCCUCUCCGUCUCGGACGCCUCGGGGGUGUCGUC